AUGCCCUUCCACGACCUUAACGUCCCGUACACCACCAAUCACUCCGACCUGUCCAACACACUCGCCUUCCAUGCAGAGCUCGGCUACACUGUGGUCGCAGUCUCACUCUCCAUAACCGGAAAACUGCCUCCUCAACCGCAAUCUAUUCCGCUCUCUGAACUCUCCAUCCCCAAAUCCAUCUCAAAGGUCCUCACUCGCAUGACCCUUACCAUUUCUGAUGCAACACAAAACCAUCGCUUGGGCUCUUUUCUACCCCACUAUGACCUCCUUGCUCUACGGCCUACCAACGAGAAGGCUCUUCAACUAUGCUGUAACAGUCUUGACUGCGACAUCGUUUCCCUCGAUUUUAGCCAACGCCUUCCCUUCAUCUUGAAGUUCAAGACCGUCUCCUCGGCAUUGCAGCGAGGUAUUCGACUCGAGAUCUGCUAUUCGCCCGGCAUUUCACCCUCCCCUGCUUCCGGUGGGCAUAGUAGCAACGAUGCGCGCAGGAAUUUGAUCGCAAAUGCUGGCUCUCUAAUCCGGGCCACCCGCGGGAGGGGCAUUAUUCUAAGCAGUGAAGCCAGGAACGCUCUGGGCGUGCGUGGACCUUACGAUGUCAUGAAUCUUGCUCAAGUGUGGGGCCUUGGUCAAGAGCGAGGGAAGGAGGCAUUGUGUGAGGAAGCUGGCAAAGUGGUGAGACUGGCCGGCUUGAAGCGAACAAGUUUCCGAGGUGUGGUCGAUAUCAUCGAUGGGGGCGCGGUUAGUUGUGAUAGUUCAGGAGCGACGACGACAGCAUCUACCUCUGCUGCAAACAAAACCAAGACUCCCACGGCGAAUUUACCUGGAACGGCUCUUGUAGGACCAACUGUCCCGCGAUCAAAGAAGGAGGCAACUAUUCCCAUCUCGAUUCCCAAUGGUUCAAAACGGAAAGCAUCAUCAACUUCACUCAAUGGCGGGACGAUCAUGGACCCCACGCAAUCAACAAAUCCAACCACCCCGAACACCGAGGACGACCAACCACUUUCUAAACGUGAGCAAAAGCGACGUGCAAAGAAAGCGAAAUUCGAAGCCCGAGAACAAAUCCCCUCCGGGAGUUGA